AGAAUUUAGCCCAAUUAUCCAAAUAAGCUCUAAGUUCGAUGGUGAUUUUAGAGGGUGAUUUGGGAUCACUAUUUUAUAAAAUCACUAGGAUAGAAUCAAAUAAGAUGAUCUGAUCACCUCCGUCCACCUUCAGGCCGUCGCCCCGUACCACAUGCCCCGGAGCAAAACCCGACUGCUGUGGCGUCAAUGUCACUGUAGCCCGUAGGAGCAGGGGCCUCACGUGUGCCACUAUAUAAAGCAACGUGCCAUCUCAGCCCUGACGCGUGAAGUGGACGCACAGAUCUCACCCUCCGAUACACCUACCCCUCCUUUUCUCCGCUCGCUACUUGUUUGCGAAAUUCCCUCUGAGAGAAAAAGUGAGAGAUGAGGGCGCUGGGUUUGUGGCUGAUGCUGGUGGGCUCGCUUCGUCUCGCCUCCGUCUGGUUCGGCUUCUUCGACAUCUGGGCUCUACGCCUCGCCGUCUUCUCCCAAACCCAGAUGACUGAUGUCCAUGGGCGGACAUUUGGAAUUUGGACCCUUCUGACCUGCACUCUCUGUUUUCUUUGUGCAUUCAACCUUGAGAAUAAGCCCCUUUAUUUGGCUACUUUUCUAUCAUUCAUUUAUGCCUUUGGUCAUUUUCUCACUGAAUAUUUGAUAUACCAUACAAUGGCUGUAUCAAACCUUACAACCGUUGGAAUAUUUGCAGGCACAUCAAUUGUGUGGAUGUUGUUACAGUGGAAUGCACAUCAACCUCGGGCUACUUCAAAACUAGAAUGAACCAUUUGCAUAUGAUGCAGAUGUACUCAGAUACCAAUUAAUGUCAUUCUCUCUGUUAGGCAGCAAACUCUCAUUUGCCCAAGAUGAUUAUGAUCAUGUACUCUUCCUUGAGAUGGGUUUUCAGAUAUGUAUUUCCAGAGAAUUUUCUUAAAAAGUCCAUUAGACUUUUUUGAUCGA